CCACAUCAGCAAUUAUGUCAAUAAAUAUAUAUUUCCUUAGUGUUUGUUAUCGUUGAAGUGCUUGCAACAGAGCUCUCUCACGGCACAGACUGAAAACAUUCACAAAACCAAGAUGGGUGAGGAAGAAGGUGUGGGUUGUCGAAGUGUUCCGAUGACUGCGUUUCCACCAACUCCCUUAGGACUAGAAGCUUUAUAUUCUUUAUGUCGAAGAAUAUAUCCGGACCAAGUGAAUCCACUUCAGGUGACUGCUUUAGUAAAAUAUUGGCUGGGAGGCCCGGAUCCCUUGGAUUACAUCAGCAUGUAUACCAACUCUGGAGAUCCUGAACAGAAUAUACCACCACAUUGGCAUUAUAUUAGUUUUGGCCUGUCAGAUUUACAUGGUGAUGGGAGGGUGCAUGACGUAUCAGGGCCAGAGACGCCAAGUGGUUUUGGUUUUGAGUUGACAUUCCGACUGAAACGUGAACCUGGGGAAACAGCUCCGCCAACAUGGCCAGCUGCAGUUAUGCAGGCACUCGCCAAGUAUGUGUUCCAGUCAGCUAACACACUUUUUGUAGGUGAUAAUGUAUCAUGGCACAAUGCACUAGAUAAUAGUGAGUCUCGUAUUCAACACAUGUUGAUGACUGAGGACCCGCAGUUAGGAACAGCACACACUCCAUUUGGAUUAGUGAAAUUUGUCCAGAUUGUGGGUGUUUGCUCAGUGGAACUGCAGGCAGCACAACACUGGAAUGGGCCUGGAGUUCUUGAGAUUCUUAAAAGACUACCAGGUGCAGGGGGACCGUGGUUGAUAACGGACAUGCGACGCGGUGAGAGCAUGCUCGAACUUGAUCCGACAACUCAAGAGGAAGUGGAGAGAGGAGUUGAGACCGAAGGAUCUAACCUUAGUGGUGUUAGUGCUCGGUGUUCAUGGGCUGAUGUCAAUGUGCAACAACUGACGCCAGGAGCCUUACCUGGAGAAGGGGAAGGCGGUAUUUUGCGAGAGGGUCCUGCAACCCGGCCUGAACCAUUAAAUACAUCUUGUAUAUCAGAGCAGCAAAGCCAUCAAAUUAAAACAGCUCUCAAGAAGGGUCUUCUCAACACAAAACCUAUUCUUCCACCAAUUGGAAGAUCUUCAAACCUGGACAAUAAUGACAACUCCUAUGACCAUAGCUCAACAAAUGAGUUUGGUGUAUUAGAAUCAACAGAACUUUUGAGGAGUAAGAAGUUGGAGGGCUUGCAUCUCACAUUCAACUUGGAGGCUGGGAAUUUGUUGUUUUUAGCAAUAAGGGGUCGCGUGAUGCACGGACGACAUUUCACAUUCAAGUCUGUGCUAGGUGAUACAGCAAUCACACUUGUUGCUCCCACAGUAACUGGUACACUGGUUGAUCAGGAACAUCCGUAUGUUGCUCAUGGACCAUGGCUUCAAGUCCUUAUUCCUGAUGAUCUGGCACAACUUAUUUCAGAUAGUUUUGAAGACCUGGACAAUCCAGAGGAGCUAAUUCUCCCAAAGACAUUUGUGUGGUCAGAUCAUAAGUUGGCUAUCACAAUUGUGGAAGACAAGUAGUGCAGUUCACGUGAAAAAGACAUAGUUUGUGUCUGUUUUGGCUGGUCCAAGUUUGUCUUUAACCAAGCUUUACAAAGAUUUGAUACAGUUAAGACAUUCUGAAUGCAUGUGUGUGUGGUAGGUACAGUGAAACCUGUUUAAGAAGGUUCAUGAAUAUUUUCUGAUUGUUAAUUUUGAAAUGUGGGAGCCCAUUGUACACGAAGAUCUUAAUUGCAUCAAUACAUGAGAAUAAACAUGAACACAUUGAAUGCAGACAUACAUCGAACACAUUUUUUGUGUGAAAGAAUUUACCUAUUUAGACAGCUGCUGGUUAGUUAACACACUUAUGUAAUUUCCUUCAUAAUGUAACAUACAUAUGCAGUCCUUGAGGAUGACAUAUAUUUA